AUGCUGCCUCAGCCUUCUAGUCCAACCUCUGUGCCUUCGUCGCACCCUGGGAACAGUCAGCCCGUUGAUCCACACCAAGACCCAGAACAACAAUCUGAGACCUUUCCUGCUCUUCCAAGCAUACCGACAAGCACACCGCCCAAGAAGAUGUUGAAGCUGACCACUGGCGGUACUCUGGUCUCUCCUUCGUCCAAGCCACUGCCACCCAAGGAAGACCACCAAAUCAAGAAGCCUGCAAAACGAGGAAGACCCAAGAAAGAGAGACCAAAGCUGCUUGUCACCAUUCGCUACCCUCCCGACCACGCUUUAGGGCAUCGAAUAGCACGUAUAAUGGACGGUUCCGAAACUUUCAAAAUCUCGAAACCUACCCCAAUGGCUCCUCCACCCAAGCCGAAGGUCGUCAAGUUUGAUCCCUCCAAACCGACGCAUCCUUUCUUCUCCGGAAAACCGAAAGAUGCCAUCCCAGCCCCUGCCACAUCUGCAAAGGACCCAAUAGAUCCCAAGAUCAGCCACGUGCUUAGCCCACGAAGGCCUUCAGCUGUAACCCCUGGCAAGUUACGGGCACAAGCACGAGAGAAUGGUUUGAAGAGCAUGGACAACUCUUCUACCUUCCCACAUUUUGGUGCGAACAAAGACAGAAACAUCAUCAAACAGCCUGGCAUGGUUGAAGCUCCAUUUCCGCCAAAAGGUCACGCUCACGUCCGUGGAGACUUCUACUACCACACAAGCCGACCGCAGAUAGAUGCAUCCACCGUCGUGUCUCGCUCGACGCGCAAGAUGAAAUACAAAAUACCACUCCUGGACCCGUCCGAGAGUACGCUGACCCGUAUCGAGAGCGACCUUGACUUCCGUCAAAAAGAUACGCCGAGACCUGAUGGCUUUUACGACCCUCCAUCUUCGUUACGUAUUCCGGCUCGCCAUCUUAUUCCUGGGUUGCGGGCUCAGAAAUGGAUCAGCAACGAGCUUCGCGCGCAACCGUCAGCAGAUGAAUUGCAGUUUGCACCUGUAAACCAUCGCAAUUUCGUUCACCCAGCGUGCGAACGCCUCUACCUUGGCAUACCAAGUAUACUUACACCAUAUGAUCAUGGGCGGUCAGAAGUACAAGCCUGGGCUCAGAAGUACUCACCCCAGUCCGCUGCUCAAGUCUUGCAACCGGGAAGAGAGGCAGCAUAUCUGAGAGAGUGGAUGAAGGCCCUCACUAUCAGUGCAGUUGAGACGACCGGAUCACAUAUUCCCAAGCGCGACAAAGCAGACCGCGAACGAGGUCAUAAGAAGAAGCGCCGCAAGAAGGCUGCAGGACUAGACGACUUCAUCGUUAACGACGAUGACAUUUACAACGAUCCAGAUGAGCUUGUUGAACUGGAUCCCCCAUCGCUAUCAUGUCGAAGAGCAAAACCGUCUCUCGUGCGUCACACUGAUUUCAAGGACCAGUCCAACCGCUCAAAGAUUGCCAACUCGGUCAUUGUGAGUGGACCUCACGGCUGUGGAAAGACCGCCAUGAUCCAUGCCGCGGCAAAGGAGUUAGGCUUCGAGAUAUUUGAAAUCAACCCUGGUUCGCGUCGAAGUGGUAAAGAUGUGCUCGACAGGAUUGGAGACAUGGUAGAGAAUCAUUUGGUACAGAAUCGCUCACUUGACACCGGCAAUACAUCUGCCGAUGAAGAUGCUGGUCGGUUGUCUGACGCCUUCAACAAAGACCUUGAAUCUGGUAGGCAAGGCACCAUGAAGUCUUUUUUCACGUCCAAACCAAAGUCGGCACCACAACCAAAGACGGAAAAGAAACCAAAACUCAACGUCGACCAAGUACAGAAGGUCUUAUCAUCCUCGAAGCCGUCACGAGGACAAAAACAGUCACUGAUCUUGCUAGAGGAAGUUGACAUCAUGUUCGAGGAAGACAAAAACUUCUGGACCACAAUCUUUACUCUACUAGAGAGUUCGAAACGUCCCAUUAUCAUGACCUGUAAUGAUGAAGAUCUUGUACCUCUACAGGCCAUCACAUGUCAAGCACUUCUUCGUCUAUCUGCCNNCCCUGCAGACGUCGCCAUCGACUACAUGUUGUUGAUGGCAGCCCAAGAGGGUCAUUUGCUAUAUCGAGACGCAGUAUCGAGACUAUUCGAAGCAAAGUAUCAUGAUCUGCGCGCAAGUAUUGCCGAGUUGCAAUUGUGGUGCCAAAUGGGCGUUGGCGACCCCCGAGGCGGACUAAGCUGGAUUUAUCCCAGAUGGCCACCUGGCAGUGGACUUGACGAACAUGGUCGACCUAUCCGAGUCUUCAGUGAGAACACCUACCAAGCGGGCAUGGGAUUUAUUGCACAUGAAACAGACUUUUCGCUGGAAGGCACACAGGAUGAUGAACUGCUCAAGGAAACUUGGGAGAGCUGGAAUGUCGAUCCACGUGAAGAACUGUUUGCUGGAGUUACAAGCUCAUCUCUGGUUUCGAAAGAAGUGGACACCCAAACACGUAUAGCUGCACUAAAGCAGUACUCGAGCCUAUCUGAUAGCCUCAGCGACAUGGAUGUAUUCUGUCAACUUGGUCUGCCUGGCAAAGAGAACUACAAGACUGAUGCAACCCAGCCCGAACUACCUCUCAAGACCCGCGCAAGUUAUAUUAAUGGUAUGGCGCUGCUCCAGACACCAGAGGUUGUUGAUUACAGUACUGUUGACACCCAAAUCGCGGUUUCUGGUUCGCGUCUCGCACGCAGUGUCUUCUCCGACCUCCUGGAACCCCUUCCAUCAGGUCUCAUGAGGCGUGUGAUCGAGACACACUCUGCAGCAAAUAGAGCACCUCAACUUACUCGCGGAGAUAUUUCGACAGCAUUCGACACAAUAGCCACUAUGAUGACCACCCCCACAGCCGGCCCUCCCAGUCUGGCCUACUCUGUAUUCGACGGCCCUCUCAAGAUCGUGGUCACCGAUGUCGCGCCGUAUGUCCGCAGUAUUGCUGCCUACGAUCUCGCUCUGGAAACACAUAGAGGGAAGCUGCAAGGUAGCAGUCAAGGGUCGACAAGUGGUGGCGUUGCUGGAAGCAAACGAGCUCGAACAACACGAGCUGCCCGCAGUGCACUCGAAGGAGGGCAACGUCAGCUUACUCGACGAGAACGCUGGUUCGACCCGAGCUUCGACCUUGAACUCGCUUUGCGGACUGCCGGCGACUGGCCUCGUGUGGAAGGCGAUGUUGCGGAGACACGACUGCACAGCCCUGGUCUUGAAACGUCAAUGCAGAUGGAGUGA